UCCAAACACAGAUAAAAACUCCUGCUGAAGCGACUGAUCUCCACACUGUUAUAAAGAUGGCGUUUAUUAAAGAGGAGAGUGAAGACCUGAAGAUUGAAGAAACAUUCACAGUCAAACAGGAAGAUCUGCAGGAACAAACAGAAGAAACAUUCAGAGUCAAACAGGAAGAUCUGCAGGAACAAACAGACCUAAUUGAAGAGAAUAAGGGGAGUAAAGAGGAGGAACAUCAUGUCAAAAUUGAGGAAAAAACUCAUUCACAGACUGAUGGUAUUUUGAAAAGGAGAGGCAAGAAUCGUUUCACGUGCACCUGCACUCAGUGUGGAAAGAGUUUUGGAAAAAAAGGCUAUCUUAAGAUUCACAUGAUGAUCCACACUGGAGAGAAACCAUUCACAUGCACUCAGUGUGGGAAGAGUUUCAGCCAAUCAUCAUCCCUUAAUGACCACAUGAGGAUCCACACUGGAGAGAAACCAUUCACAUGCACUCAGUGUGGGAAGAGUUUCAGCCAUUCAUCAUCCCUUAAAGACCACAUGAGGAUUCACACAGGAGAGAAACCAUUCACAUGCACUCAGUGUGGGAAGAGUUUCAGCCAUUCAUCAUCCCGUUAUCACCACAUGAGGAUCCACACUGGAGAGAAACCAUUUACAUGCACUCAGUGUGGGAAGAGUUUCAGCUGCUCAUCACACCUUAAUCACCACGUGAGGAUCCACACUGGAGAGAAACCAUUUAUAUGCACUCAGUGUGGGAAGAGUUUUACCAAAUCAUCAUCCCUUAAUCACAACAUGAGGAUCCACACUGGAGAGAAACCAUUCACAUGCACUCAGUGUGGGAGGAGUUUUAACUGCUUAUCACACCUUAAUAGACACAUGAGGAUCCACACUGGAGAGAAAGCAUUCACAUGCACUCAGUGUGGGAAGAGUUUCAGCCAAUCAUCAUCCCUUAAUAAACACAUGAGGAUCCACACUGGAGAGAAACCAUUCAUAUGCACUCAGUGUGGGAAGACUUUUACCAAAUCAUCAUCCCUUAAUCACCACAUGAGGAUCCACACUGGAGAGAAACCAUUCACAUGCACUCAGUGUGGGAGGAGUUUUAACUGCUUAUCACACCUUAAUAGACACAUGAGGAUCCACACUGGAGAGAAAGCAUUCACAUGCACUCAGUGUGGGAAGAGUUUCAGCCAAUCAUCAAACUUUAAUCUACACAUGAUGAUCCACACUGGAGAGAAACCAUUCACAUGCACUCAGUGUGGGAAGAGUUUCAGUCAAUCAUCACACCUUAAUCAACACAUGAGAAUCCACACUGGAAAGAAACCAUUCACUUGCACUUGAGCCGCGGUCACACUGGACUUUUCUCCUCAUAGACUUCCAUUCAUAUGCACGCAAAUGCGUCAGACUGAAAAACACAAGUUCGUGCGUCAAGUUUGGCAGGUCACUGCGUUGCAAAGUUCAAGCUUGGUGAACUCUGAAAUUGCAUCACUUGACUGUAUAAGACCAAUCGUAGAUCAAAACAUGACCUCCCUGGACAGAAAUGUAAAAUAUGGACCAAUCGCUCACUUUUUUAAUGUCUAAUCAUCUUGUUUAAUCCCGCCCCUUUUUGCAGCACCGUACAACAGAAUUUUGCAUGCUCAAACUCUAGUGUGACCGCAGCUUUGGUGUGGGAUGAGUUUCAGCAACUCAUCAGACCUUAAUAAACACAUGAAGAUCCACACUGGUGUGAAAGAGUACAUGUGCUUGAGUGUGAGAAGACUUUUCUUACAGCUCCAAAAUUGAAACUGCACCAUGCGAUUCACAGUGGAGAACACACCGGACAUCAGACAAGGUGGAGCUCCAGGAUGGUUAGUUUGCAAUGUACCAGGGCCUCAGUUUAGAAAGCUCAUUCAAUUGUCCUGUGUUGCAUGUUUUAUUAGUGAAGUUUCUUUACUUUUAGGUUCAAGAUUCUUUCUAGUUUACUACAUUUACUUUUUUGAGUAGAAUACAAACUCGAUGAACAUUUUAUGAUUUAGGCAGAGCGACGGGUAUUAAGUUUUACAAUAUUAAUACACUGUGAUGAUCCCUAGACUCCAGAUUAGAGUGUGUGGUAAAUCCUGAUUGGAUGCCUGCAUUACUCAUCAAUGGGUAUAUAAAAGUUGUUGUGCUAGCUACCCCAGGACGCUGUGGCUACUCAGGAAACCUCAUGUCAAGACCUGCCAUCUUAUUGACUCUUUAACCUUAUGGUUUUGUUUUGCAUUACUUUGCAUUGUUUUGCAGUAUCAUGUAGUUAAAGUGUUGUUGUGAUUUAUAUCCUAAGUUCUUAAUCUUCAUUAUUAU